AUGACGACAAAAGCUUUGCAGAAGUAUGAUCACCUUUCACUUAAAAUACGCUUGGUGGAUUUCCUGCGUCUCGCGGAACCGACAUUCAUUUCGCGAGCGCGGUGGCCCGUGGCGAGCGCAGCAGCCCGCGGCGAGCGAGCGCAGCGGCCCGUGGCGAGCGCAGUGGCCCGUGGCGAGCGAGCGCAGCGGCCCGUGGCGAGCGCAGUGGCCCGUGGCGAGCGAGCGCAGCGGCCCGUGGCGAGCGCAGUGGCCCGUGGCGAGCGCAGCGGCCCGUGGCGAGCGCAGUGGCCCGUGGCGAGCGAGCGCGGCGGCCCGUGGCGAGCGCAGCGGCCCGCAUGCGUAGCGAGCGCAUUGGCCCGUGGCGAGCGCAUUGGCCCGUGGCGAGCGAGCGCAGCGGCCCGUGGCGAGCGCAGUGGGCCCGUGGCGAGCGCGGUGGCCCGUGGCGAGCGAGCGCAGCGGCCCGUGGCGAGCGCAGUGGCCCGUGGCGAGCGAGCGCGGCGGCCCGUGGCGAGCGCAGUUGGCCUCGGUCUGGGGGUCUUCGCUGGGGAUGCCCUGGGCAUCGGCAGCUCCGUGCGGCAGCUGGCGGCAAUGGCCAUGCGGAAAGUCCUGGAGGAGGAGUCGUUCAAGAACAUUUGCUUAGUCGUUCUCUCCUUGCCGAUUUUCAUCAGAAAUGACAACUACGACUAUUACGAGCAGGUCUUCCAAAGGGACAACGCGUACAGUGGCUCAGUGCCCGUCUUGCUGAUGGACCAGGACAUGCACGCCAUCGCCAUCGCGGCAGCUAGCGCCGGCUUCACCGUGGGGGAGCUGAACCCUGCAGACUCCCACGGGGUCUUCGGCGAGUACUGGCAGAACUUCGGGCCCGGGACCGAGGAGAAGCUUGCUCUCACUACCUGCGGGCUAUUGACGCAGCACCACGCAGUGAAUCCGCUGGUGACCGACAAGAAGAGUUACAUCGCGGUAGAUGCGUCAGAGCCACCCAAGUAG